AUGAAAAUCUACACAGGAAUCAGAGGUGCACUGUGCUGGUCCUGCCUGUUCAUUCUCCUACUCCUUAACUGUCCCAGUUCUGGACAGGAAAACCUUCGGCCAGGCAAGACCGGCUAUGGCACCGGAACUCUUCCCCAUCUCGUGUACUACCUCCCCGAGGAGUCCCCUCGUGGUACCAUUAUAGCGAAACUGCGCGAUGACAUCGAGACCAUGUUGGGGGGCCACCAACCGGUCUCCCCACAGAGUCUUCAGAUCACCAACUGGCAGGACCGCGGUCCUCGGCACUUUGGAAUAGAACCAAACAGCGGUUAUCUGAUUGUAAAUGCCCAGCCAAACCGCGAAGCCCUCUGUCCGGACAACAACCUGCCGACGGGAUUCUCCCUCCCCAGCCUCAUACAGCCCGGCCUCUUG